AUUUCUAUGCAGUUAGAAAGUGAAAGAACAACAGAGUAGUGGACAUAUUUUUGUUCCUAGAAAAAGGGCAGGAGAACAGUUUGGAGGCUGUGGGAGAACUUGUUGAGGAAAAGUUGAUGUCCCUUCAUCCCUGAGUACCCUCUCCCACAGCUGUCCCCCUUAAUCUUACUGCCAAAUAUCCCUUCGCACAUCUGGAAUGGACAACCAAAAUGCACAAACUGCUAACAGAGACUCUACUCGGGGACCUUAUUUUGAAGCCAUAGUUGGAGUUGUCAUUACGGCAGUGGUUCUGGUCCUGCUCCUCCUCCUGGCCAUCAUUCUGCGAUACAUGUACCAGCACAAGGGCACAUAUCAUACCAAUGAGGCCAAGGGCACAGAGUUUGCAGAGACAGCAGAUGCUGCCCUUCGCAGAGACCCAGCCCUGCAGGACGCCGUGGAUGAAAGCAAGAAAGAGUAUUUCAUAUGAGACCAUAAACAGCCCUUUAUACGUGCCAUAUAACAAACUGCGAUGCAGGCUCACAUGAUGCCUUAAUACUGUUUGCUGGAGCAGUGACGUAGAGCUGACUGAGCUUCUGCAAACACAAACAAACAAGAGUGAUAUGAAAUUCCUCUAUUUGUCAAUACUGGAGAGUGAUUUCAUUUAUUUCCAUCUGAUAAACAGGAAAUAUUUGAGGUAUACAUAGAACAAUUUGCCAUACUCUUUGUAUUCAAAGCCGGCUUUCUGUACAAACAUCAGCUGAGGGGAAUGUGAUGGUGUUCAGGUGAAGACAAGGACAUUUAUAGGACUUACUAAACAGUAUAUGAUGGUGAAUGGCAAGAGGAUUAAGAAGUAAAAUUAGAAAAAAACAAGCUUUUAUUGACAAACUAGGAAGUCAAGGAAGGAUUGUUUUUUAAGUUUGCCAAUUAAAAUUUCUUACAUAUAACUUAAAUCCUAAAACACUCUUUUAAAAAUGCCUCUAAAAGCCAAUCUUAAAAAUUUUAUGAACAACAUAUUUACUUUUUUUGAAAAGAAAAUGACCAGCUUUGUUCAUUUCGUUUAGUUUUUCGUAGUAGUUUAAUCCCAAAGGGAAAUUCACGUCACAGCAGAGCUCAUCAUACAAUGAAAUAAGUAAAUAAUAAAAGUGGAAAAACACACAUCCAUACUGCACCCCUUAGUUUCAAGCAAUAAGUAGACAGUAGUCCAUGCCUAUCAAUACAAUUUCAGUUAUCAAUUUGCCAUUCAAAAUUUGACAUUGAUUAUACAAUCUAAUCGCUGUUGGUAAAAAAAGACUUUCUGUAUCGUUCCCUGUAUCUAUUCCCUCCAACACCAGGGCUGAAUUAAUCUUGAGCUUAAAGAGUUUGCACGAGUUGUACUGCAUGUCUCAAAAA